AUGUCACAACACCACAACAGUCACAGUCAUAAUAACCACAAUCCAAAUGCUACGGCAGCCAAAAACUUAAAGCACUGGUGGAAGCAGUUUACGGCUAAAAAUGCACCUGUUAGAAAAGGUCCUGACGGAAAAGGGAAAGGUGCUCGGGCAAUAUUUGGAGUUGAACUUGCAGAUGCUAUAGAACAUGCAAGUGUGCCAAUAUGUAUGGCAGGUCCAGACGGGCGACAAUACGUAUAUGGGUACAUACCAACAAUAGUCGCUAAAUGUGGAAUGUUUUUAAAGCAAGAAGCAAUUACAUCGGAAGGUAUCUUUCGACUUAACGGAUCUGCUAAACGGAUAAAAGAAUUGCAGGCAAUUUUUGACGCUCCACCAUCUUAUGGCAAAACGUUGACAUGGGUGGGUUAUUCUGUACAUGAUGCAGCAAAUAUAUUACGAAGAUACUUGAACCAUCUACCGGAUCCAGUUAUUCCACAAAAACGUUAUGAAGAAUUUAGAUUGGUGAUUGAUCUUCUCGCGGUAUUCUCUUCAAAAUCCGAACAGAAUCUCAUGACGUCGAAAAAUCUUGCCUCAAUAUUUCAGCCGGAACCACCAAAUCUAAAUAAUCCUACGCCAGUACGAAAAAGCACACGGAGAUCAAGUUUCAGUCUGGAAAGAAACGAUAAUGGUGAUUUUGAACCUGUGUCUCCAGAUUCACCUCGUCCGACUAACACCGACUUUAAUAAUAAUAAUGGUGUAGAACGUGCAUCUACACUUGGCAGAAGUAAAACAUUACCAACUAAUAGAAGACACUCACAAAAACGAAACACGAAACGUUCGCCAAUGACUUAUCAAUUAUCUUCGGGAUCCUUGAUUUCAAUGAAUACCAUAAGAUCGGGAGAUAGUCGAGCAACAGGUUCCGGCAGUAUUCGUUUUGAGGCAGAUGAAUCUUUUUCCAGACCACAUCCGAAAAGAUCCAACUCCGCGUCUUCGCCUCCAGUGCUUCAACUAAGAACUACUUCAUCGAUGAAUAAUCUCGGAAGUAAAAAUCGUGACAUUAUUAGUAAUAAUAAUAUUGAAGAUCAUCAAUUCGCAUCGACAUCUUCAUCGCCAUCCGUAGUUGGCAGACGUCGCUCACGUCAAAAACGUCAUCCCAAACCAGAAUCGAUUCAUACAUCACCAUCCAAUAUUGUUGAUGACCAUAAAGAAAAUGAGUCUGUAUCACCCACUACAAAUUCCAAACGAAUCUCAAAUACCACCGAUACAAACGUUAUCAACAACAUCAAUCCUAUCAGUUCCGUAUCAUCAUCCACGAUUAAAGGAAAAGAAAUAACUACAUUUUUUGUAGAAUUACGUAAGAAAAUUAGACUUGGUGGUAUUAGUAAUAGUGGAUAUGGUGGCGAUAAUAGUGGGGGGUGA